CGGCUCGUUUAUUUACGAUGGUUGCUACACUUCGUCACGUGACUCGUUUACGGAGCAAAUAGCAACAACUGUCAUGGCGGAGAUGUAAACCCAAGUCGUCAAUGUCCAUGGGAUAAAAGAAGAUGUUGCCUUUUAAUUUGAACAUUUUAAAGUUGACUUUAUGAAAUUUUUAUUGUGAGCGUUCUGUACCCAGUGAGACAGAUCUUCAGGUGCAACUGGAAGAAAUAUUAUAAAAUUGUUUGUUAGAAAAAAAGUGAAAAAGACAUAAAUUAUGAAUCGAUAUGCAGUUACAAAACAGCUUGGAGAUGGGACAUAUGGCAGCGUCCUCUUGGCUACGUGCAUUGAGACAAAUGAGAAAGUGGCCAUUAAAAAGAUGAAGAAGAAGUACUACUCAUGGGAUGAGUGCUUAAAUCUCAGGGAAGUCAAGUCUUUGCGAAAACUAAACCAUGCAAACAUUGUGAAGCUGAAGGAAGUGAUACGGGAGAAUGACCAGCUCUUCUUUGUGUUUGAGUUCAUGAAGGAAAACCUCUACCAGAUGAUGAAAGACAGAGACAAGUUGUUUCCAGAGUCAGUGAUCAGGAACGUUAUCUACCAGGUGCUACAGGGGCUAGCCUUCAUGCACAAACAUGGUUUCUUUCAUCGUGACCUGAAACCUGAAAACUUGUUGUGUUCAGGGCCAGACUGUGUCAAGAUUGCAGAUUUCGGUCUGGCACGAGAAAUACGAUCUCGGCCACCUUACACAGACUAUGUCUCUACAAGAUGGUAUAGGGCUCCAGAAGUUUUAUUACGGUCAACAAAUUACAACAGUCCAAUAGACAUAUGGGCAGUGGGGUGUAUAAUGGCAGAAAUGUACACAUUACGUCCGCUGUUCCCAGGCAGUUCAGAGAUAGAUGAAAUAUUUAAAGUGUGCACAGUCCUUGGUACCCCCCAAGAGGACUGGGACGAGGGCUAUCGCCUAGCAACCGCAAUGAACUUCCGUUGGCCCCAAUGUGUUCCCCAGAACCUGAAGUCACUGAUCCCCAAUGCCAGUAACGAGGCCAUACAGCUCAUGAAGGACAUGAUGCACUGGAACCCACAGAAGAGACCCACAUCCAGUCAGUGUUUGCGGUAUCCAUACUUCCAAGUUGGUCAGAAUCUCGGGACAACCCAGCCGGCCCCAUCACGACCUCCAGUCCAGAACACCACACUGGCCCAGCCGGCCUAUCGACAAUCGCCCGAGAAACCAAGUGUAGCGUCACCGCAGCAACCCAGUGUGGGGCGAAUGUUCCACGAGAAACCCACCGUACCCAACGUGCAACAGCCUGUUGUGCCUAACUACAGUCAGAAGCCAGCCAAUCAAGACUUGGAUGAUGGCUUCCAGUUAUCUGUCACAAAGAAGCAGAGUGCGAGGAAACGCUGGGGAGGGGGAGUGUCAGAUACAUGGGACGAUUUUGAUGAUCAGGAUUUCGGUGUUCCUAGGAAACAGAAAGCCUCGCCCGCCAAGCCUUUGCCAAGUAUAGGCGGCCAGAAUGAAAAGAAAGAAAACAUGUUCAAUGACGAUGAGGAUGAUUUCUUGUCGAGUAUAUUAGGUAAGAAGUCUUCAAAGGGGAAUCAGAGGGUACCGUCUGGUCGAUCUCGCGAGUCUUCGGCUAAACAGCACUAUAUGUCUAAGGCCAGAUACCUUCCUGGUAUAAACCCAAAAAGCAGUUCUCAGAAGGAAUCAGGUGUCCCUGGGCCCCUGGGUGGGGCAAACUGGGGAAGCCCCUCCCUCAACAAGGGCAGUGGUAUGAAUAUAGGGCGUGGCAACCCAAGCAUGGCCGGGAGCACAGGGUCACCAUCAUAUGUCCCAUCAUUCUUAUCGAGUAAUAAACCAAACACAGACUACUCUAACGUGAGCUGGAAGCGCGCCCAACCGGCCCCCAUCUCUCUCAACAAGAACUCUGCGGGGUAUCGACAACCAGUAGGGGGUGCCCCUGCAGGAAGGACUGACUGGGCCGCCAAGUAUUUGAAGUCAUGAUAGCUGUUUUCUCAUCACCUGAAGUAUUUCAUCAAGCACAAUCAUUCUUCACCUUGUGUUUACACAUCCAAUUAUAAGAAAACUCUGUUGAAUAGAAAUUUAACAUGCACCAUGUCAUGAAUAGCUAUUUCCCUAUAACAUUCAAUGUUGACCUUACCAAAUUUUGGUGCAAGUAUGUCACAUAUAUUUAUUUGAGUAAAUCACAUUAAAUCAGUACUGUUUGUAUUAAAUCUGUUCCCUAAAUGCAUUUGUGUUUUUGUGAAAUGUUGUCCAUGACUUUUGAUGAAAAAUAUAUGACAAUUGUAAAUACUUGUUCUUCAACAUUCAUAGAUAAUUUUACUCAUAUUUUUGUAUGUACCAAUCAUAAAGAUAUUAAUGCAGAAGCCUGUGAUUUUAUGUGCUUUAAUCAUGGUGAAAAAUAUUUUACCUUUAUUCAAACUGUGUCUGAAAUAGGCACAGUUGAUUUAUCUGGUAAAAGGAAAUACAUUGCAAGUAGUCGGAAAACCAAAUGAUGGUUUUGGAAUAAAUAAUCAUUUACAAUAUACAUAUGUUUAGAUUCAACAUGUAUUAUUUAUAUUUUAAGAUGAAAUAGAAUGUUUUAGUUUUGUUCAAUUUAUUGUCACUGAAGUUAUUAUCAAACUGUAUAUGUAAAUAUUUUUACAAAAAAGAGAGAUCUAAAACGCAUUAUUUAGCAUAUAACUGGUGUUAAAUGUUUGUGACAUUUGAUAGAGAAGACAAUAGUUCACAAGAUGACUAGAUGAAUUCAAUAUUUCCACACAUUUAACAUGUGUUUUUACUCCUACUUAAUUCAAUAUUUUAUAACUGAAGUAUGCGUGCAGAUUAACUAUCUCAUCUUAAAGACAUUAACCUUUGUAAGCCAAACUAUACAAGAACAAAAAGUAUCAUAUACAUGUAUAUCCUUAGUUAUCUCAUUUUGGAGAUAGCAUAAUUUAUGGUGUUUGGUGUAUGAUGGCACCAAAAAUAAAGGACUUAAAUGUUUACAGUAAUGUAUAUUUCAUUUCAUUUCCUUUGGUGUGUGCCAGAAUGUGUCAAAUAGUAAUUACUUCUUAAAGUAAGCUUAUAACCGUCCAUUUGCUAACUGUAAAAUGUUUACACUAAAAGCAUUAAUUGUAAGCUCAAUCAUUAUAUUUUGUCUCCGUGUUAAACCUGUUGUUUAUCUUAUCCGUUCUCUGAGGUCAAUUUCACACAUGCAAAAAGUAGAAAGGGUGGUGUAAGGGCCCUUUUCACGUUCUCGAGAUGUGUACUCUAGUACUCUAUGAGUUGCGGCCCUUGAUAAAACAAAUAGAUAAUGAGGCUGACAAUGUGAAAGCUGUAAUUUCCUAUUGAGGCAUUUUAAUCUAUUUGAAUUGGAUUCUUAUAAUUUCCAUUAUUAUUUCAAAGCUUUUUUCAGCCGGGCCUUAUAAUUGUUGUAGGUCAUGAAACCCUUUCUACAGCCAUUUUCCCCCUAUCUCUGAUUCAAGUAGGGCUGUUUUCAGCUACUGGCAUAAGUAUGUACACUUUGUUCUGGUAAACCAGCUAAGACAGAAAAAGUGUAUCUGAAAUACUGUUUAAAAUGCUGAACAAUCCAACUGCACUAGCAAACAAAUCAAAACUUGCUCCAAAAAAUAUGUAAAUUAUCGUUAUUCUUUAAUAUUAUCUUCAUGGCUUUCGACUGUUGGCCAGGUGUAGUGAAACAAGAAAAUAGGAAAAGGAGAGAUUGUACAUUUUUUAUUAUGUAAAGACAACAUUUUUGUUGCAAUUACAUGUUAAAAUAUUGUCCAUUCAAUAGAUUUAAGUAGAUGAACAAAAUGGCCUCUUUCAAUUUUGAAUUAUCUGUCCAUUGACCAUUUUACACAUUUUUUUUCUGUGCGUAUUUUAUGUUAUAUAUUUGUUUUUGACCUUUGAAAUAGAUUAUAAUGUUAUGUUUUGCUUUGUAUAUUUUAAUACAGAGUUCUAAAUCAUUUGUCAUAACUAAAAAUAUAUACGAAAUAAAGAUUUAUUUAAAGUU